UAAAUGAGGCCAGCCCUUCUCUCUCUCAUUUUUCUUUGUUCUCUCAUUGGUUAGGGUGAUACUAGUGUAUCAGUUUUAGCCAGGCGCCGUUUCUCUCUCUCUCCAAAGUCCAAGUUUUCUCUCUCUAUGAUAAUGGCUACUCCACCAAUAUCUUCUUAAGCCCUGACCAGAAUUCUCACCCAUACCCACUGUCUCUUUCUCUUUUAAGAAAAGCAAAAUGUUUGUUCCUUCAAAUCUUCUACCCCACUGGCUUGACGUCCUGCUGUCUGAAAAGUUCUACAACGCUUGCAUAAUUCAUGAGGAGGCAAAGAAGAACGAGAAGAACAUCUACUGCUUGGACUGUUGCAUGAGCCUCUGCCCUCACUGCUUGAAUCCUCAUCGCCCUCACCGACUUUUGCAGAUAAGGAGGUAUGUUUACCACGACGUUGUAAGACUGGAUGAUGCUGCCAAGCUAAUUGACUGUUCUUCUGUUCAAUCAUACAUAAGCAACAGUGCAAAAGUGGUGUUUUUAAACCAAAGGCCACAAACAAGGAAUUGCAGAGGCUCAGGCAACAUCUGCAGCACCUGUGACAGGAGCCUGCAAGACCCAUAUCUCUUUUGCUCCCUCUACUGCAAGAUUGAUUACGUUCUAAGAACAGAAGGUGGCCUGUCCAAGUACCUUCUAGAGUGCAAAUUCAUGUCCUUACCCGAAUCCGGUUUAGACGACGGUCAGAUGACUCCUGACUCGGUUCUGGAACCGGCCGGUUCAACCCGAACAUCUUCCGGGUCAUGCGGGUUCGGUGAGGUGGGGUGUCUAGCCCUAGCCUGUACUGCCACGACCGAGAUUGUGAGGAAAAAGAGGAGUAGCAUGUCAACGUAUCGGACAGCUUGUCGGCCGGUUUUUUCGCCAGUAUCCGAAAUUUCGGCCGGGUUGAUGAACCGGCGAAAGGGAACGCCACAUCGGGCUCCGCUGUAUUGAAUAUGUGCAUGGAUGGAUUUAGUGAUAAUAUUUUUAGUAAGUAAAAUUAAAUGCAGAGGGAUUUUAGGGGGUAUGAAUUUGUAAAAGUUGGUAAUUUUCAUACUUUUUGUCUUGGAGAGAAAGUCUUCCGCACGACCGUCACCAAUUUAAUUAUUAAGAUGACACUAUAAAUCGUAUUUAGUGGGAUCUAAUUAUUGUUAUGGUUCCAUUAAAUUAGGUGUCGUUUAUUUUGUUGUUGUAGAUUUUCCUCCACUUGUAAGGGGAUAAGAAUCGAGAGCAUUUAUCUUUGUA